CUUUCUGCUGUAUGUGGCGUCCUACUUUUAUCACUGUGUUCACUUGUAAGUUUUAACUGUGAGGUUUACCACAGUCAUGAAAGUGGGUGGAGCUUAUGGUGUGAGAUACACAAGAGGCAUCAUCAAGAGUUCUGUCACUCUUGUCAAAUCUCACGCUGAACUUUAAUGUGACUGAAAUUGAGUCUUCAGCAGUGAAUAUUUCACAGGAGCACUCUUUAGGUUAGCGUGACAAAGGACAUAAACCAUGCGUAAUGAGGAGUCUCAUUUACCCCACAUAUAAUCUUUCUGUGGGUGGAGGUGUUUGGAGCAGCUUGCAGAGAUGUUCAGUAUUUUUUUCACGUAGGAGGACAUUUUGAAGACACCACAUGGUUACAGCAACAAAGUUGAAAUGGAGGACUUUAUGCCUUCCUGAGCUAUCAGAACAUAUUUCAUGAACAGGCUUGUACUGUUGGAUCAAAGAUGAUGAAAGAGCCUAAAGAUGAAACUGAAAGCAGUGAGAACAGAAAAAAUAUUUCUAGCACAGUACCCAAUGGCAACUCAGGGGAUCCGGCAAAAACCUUGGGUCUGUUGCAAGGUUUACGCUUGUGUCAGGAUGCCUGGGCUCCCAAAAGCCCUUGGGACAGACAUGGGGCACACACUGCUCUGUGGGGCAGACCUGCUGGGAGUUUCCUGGUGGUCCAAGGGUCUUUGUCUCAAGAUCAGCUUCUCUGUUUGUCUGUGGGGGACAGUGGGGAGCCAGUCAAAGAAUUCUCUAUCAUGACCACUGAAAAAGCUUUUCGACUGACAGCAUCACACCUGGCUUUCCCUGAUCUCUUUCAGCUGCUGCAUUUCUACACAUUGAGCAGGGAUGUAUUGCCUGUGUGUUUAUUGGUUCCCUCAUGGGUUUACACCCUUAAGAAUCUACCGGAUCAUCUUGUUCCUCUGCUUGGUCCAAAGACAUGGCUGUGCCCAUCCUCAGAUCUCCAGACCAACAGUAGCAUGACUCCAGGAACAGCAGAAACGGCAGAGACAGUUAUGUGCACUAUACAGGUUACAGCUGCCAGUGGAGCUAUGUGCUUCAUCAAUCCCUUAUACCUUCAUGAGCACGGUGAUGAUUGGCUCACUCAUUCUUCAGCCAAACCAGUCAGCCAUCCAAUAAGGCGAGACAAGCGGUUAAGUACAACAAGAACAUGGGAAGGGAGAGGACUGAAAAAGAGGUCAUCUACACCAGCUGAGGACUGUAGCACUUUUGACAAUGACAGAGGAUCAUUUGAGAAGACUCCUGUGACUCCAUCUACUCCGGGUGGAGUUGUGCUUCGUAGGGCAAGUGGUACCAGCAAGGAAGACCCCUUAAAAAGAGCAAGCACAGACUCUAUUCAAAGCCCUCUUCCUCAGUCGCCACACCGUGUGUCGUGGAUCGAAGACAAGAUAUGGCUGAACUCACCACUUCCUUCCUCUCAGCUUCAACCACCCUGCUUAGAGCUGGACUCGCUGUCAGUCAGCAGUAUAGAGGAGGAGUCAGAACCAGCGUUGAGCCCCUCCCCUUCUUUACCUUCACACCGCUUCCAGUUGGCAGAUAAGAUGAAGAACCGCCUCUCGGCAGUGGGUCAAGCUAUAGGUGGACUGAUGUCGCCACAGAGGAGACUGAGUAAUCGUGUUCAGGAGAUGGCAGAAAGAAAGAGUGGGGCUUUUGCAGAAGCUGUCAGGGAAUUUAUAGAGCGAACACUUACAAGUGAAUCAACUCCUGAAGUAACCUGCACAGAGAUGCUACAGGAAGUGCGUUCAUCUCUCACUGCUCUGAGGGAAAUCCUGUUUGACUGUACAGAGAUCCAAAGCAUCACAGACAGUUUUGGAGACACACCAGAUUUUGAGCUGGAUUCUAUGCUGGAACUUUCCUUGCAUAAAGUAGCUUUGAAGCCAGUUUACUCUCACCUUUACGUGUGUCUAAAGACAGCACGCAGGGAUGAUGGCACACUGCAGCGUUUAGAGGCCAACAAGAGCAUACUGGAAAACCGCAACCUGGAGGAGCUGGAGGGUGCAGCGGGGGCUGGGGUUCCUGAUUCCAGCGUGAUGGAAAAGAUCCUGCAACGAUGGACCACAAUGCAUGAAGCCUACUCACCUAGUAAAAAAGUUGGCACCCUGCUCAAAGUCUGCAAGAAUAUCUACCAUAGCAUGAAUGCUAAUGCUAAACCUGGUACGGUUUUUGGGGCAGAUGACUUCCUGCCGUGCCUGACGUGGGUGCUGCUGCGUAGUGAUGUAGCUACACUUCAGGUUGAUACUGACUACAUGAUGGAGCUACUGGACCCCAUGCUACUACAAGGGGAAGGUGGCUACUACCUUACCUCUCUCUAUGCUGCCCUUUUUUACAUUAGCAGCUUCCGACCACGAGUAGCAAAGCGGCAACUGAGUGCAGAAGCACACAGGUCUCUAAGCCAAUGGCACCGCAGACGCACGCUGCACUGCAACCAAUCCCGGCGCAGCAGAAAUCGCAGGACCAUACGGAGACACGGCCCUUCAGAUGGAAACCGUAGAACUUCAGAAGAAAGGAACUCUUUGAAAGCAAGCACAGAGUCCAGCAGUUUGACGGACGUCAAUUUAGACACCUCUAACACGCACGAAUCACUGCAGGGUUUGGAUGAAGAGUUACAGGUUUUAAAGGAAGAAGAGGAGGGAAGUGCAGAUAGAGAACAAGUGCGGUUAGCAGAGACCGUUAUCACCAGCCCUCAAAUAGAUGAAAAAGAGAGAGCUGUCAGGGUAAGCUGGAAUGAAAGGAGCUGAAAAUGACUUAUUCAUAAAGGAAUGGUAUCAACAAACUGAACUUUUGAGUUGUUAGGGAUCCCUGAGAACGGAAAUACAGGUAUGAAAUACCUUUUCAAAAGAUAAACAUUUGUAUCCAAAGGGUCCAUGUUGGGACCUACAAAUAUCAAGAGAUAUACUACUGUAGUGUUUAAUAUGGAGUCCAUCUAGGGACAUAUAUCAUACCUGUCAACCCUCCUCUUUUUCCUGGGAAUCUCUCGUAUUUUACAGUUCUAUCCCGCUAUCAUCCCGUAAAAGUAUUUUCCUGUAUUUCUCCCAUAUUUUCAGUCUUUCUCUGAAGAGUGGCAAAUAAACAUUAAAGAGCCGAGCCUCCCAAUACGCAACCCAUACCGCCGAACCACCAGGGGCCGCCCCUUGCUCUUAAAUGUGAGUCUGUUCUGUGCUUUCGCUUUGUUUAUGGCGGGAUUCCAUUUCCUUUUUAUUACAGGUGCCGUCUCCUCUUCAUAAGCAAUCCUCAAAACACUCAUAUAGCGAUGCAUGACUGUCAGCUGACGCGGUCCAUGGUGAUAAAUAGACGCUGUUUCCCAAACAGAUUCUGUACACGCGAUUUGAAGCGGAGUGAAAGUUUGGGUUUUGGGUGCGUAUUUGACCAGACAUGGACACACAAUUAAUAAUAAUAAUAUUUAAAGAUGUCGAUCUUGGUAGGUUUUUUCAAACACAACUAAUUUCGUCCUAAAUGAGCAUAAAAAGUUCGGAAAGCAAUCGAAAGCUUUCAUUAUAACGUUAGAUGUGUGCAUUUUUAAAGUGACACCUGUUAUUUAAUGUAAUGAAAAUAAAAAAAAAUCUAAAUGAAUAAGAUAUUCAUUCAUUACACUUUAAUCAGAAUGUGUAAGUUAUACAGUGAAGAAACGGCUAAUGAGAUAUGAUAGCU